GUAUACGAAAAAAUUUAGUGAAAUUUUUUUUAAAUCAACAAAAUGCAUUGAUAUAAGUGCAAUUUUCAUUUUCAAGAAUAUAAGUAGUGCUCAAGUGUAAGUGUUGAGUUAUUUUUGCGACGCAGUGAACAUAAUGGGCAACGAUAGUAGUCGCCUAAAGGGAUUAGUAAUUGAUAAGAACUCUGUAGAAGCAAACGACUUCUGGACACUUUACAAUGCGGAAUCGCCAACCACAUCCAAUGAGGACGGUCGUCAACUACUUUCCGUGUUUCAAGGUGAACCGGUAGUAAAUGGACAACUGUGGGUGACACAGGGCCCCCUGGAACGCGCUAUAAAGAAUUUAAUGAUAUAUCGGCAUCCAUAUAUAUUGAAAUAUGUCAGCACCUGGGAACAAGGCGGUCAAAAACAUUUAGCCACAGAACGUGUACGCCCUUUGACUUCCGUUUUGUCGACACAAAACAAUUUACAAGUCUGCCUGGGAUUGCGAACUAUUCUCUGCAGUUUAAUAUUUUUAGUGGAGAAGGCUUUGGGGCGCCACCUUAACAUUUGUAUCUCAUCAAUUUACAUAACAGACGAUGGUAGCUGGCGUUUGGCUGGCUUUGAAUAUGUAUGGAAAAAUAAGGAAAUAACAAAGACAUUGCUUGAUUUUGUAAAAACCUAUCGCUAUCCUAAAGCCGUUGAUUCCGGCGAAGGCAAAGAUAAUACUAUUGAUGCCGUUGAGCAAUAUGCUUUCGCAACACUCUGCGAAGAAGUUUUGAAUAAGUGCAGCAAAAAAGAGACCACAGAAACUCCACACUCGCAAGAAUUUCGCGACUAUUGUUCCACCCACCUAAAACAUAAUAAUGCACAUUUACGGCCACGUCUCUCGGCCGUACUGCUACAUCCAUACUUCAAUCAUGAAUUUGUACUUAUACAUUCCUUUCUGUUUGAAUUGCCCUUAAAGUGUUUGCAAGAGAAGCAGGAUUUCUUCACUGGCCUUAUCGAUCGCCUUCGCUAUUUCAAUGAAGAAGUGGUUGGCGCUCAAUUAGCUGCUGAUCUUCUCUCGCGCAUGGUUUUGCUUGAUCCCACUGCGCAGUUAUGCGUUACGCCUUACGUGCUAAAGACGAAAAUCGAUCAUUCGGCAGCCUUAUUCUCUAACCCGACAUACGUGCGCUACGUCAUGCCACAUAUAAAGAAAAUGUUUAGGCUCCGUGAUGCACAGAUACGUUUAAUAUUGUUAGAAUACUUUAUGGAAUUCGUACGACUACUUUCGAAGGAUGAGAUAAUGGAGUGCAUACUCCCAUAUUUGCAAGAGGGUAUGAAUGAUACAAAUGAUGUUCUGGUAGCUAAGACACUGCGUUGUAUGGCUGACUUAGUCCCAAUUCUAGGAGCCUCUACCGUAAUCGUUGGCAACCGUACUCGCAUCUUUUCCGAUGGUCGUCCACAGGCAGCAGUUUCUGAUGCAACAACUCAUUGGGUCGAACCGCGGUCGAUAACGCCCGUAAUGGGCAAUAAUAUAGACUAUAUGGUGUCAGAUAGUCCAUUGCCGGACCACGUUGAUUUGAGUGGUAGCUUUAAUUCAUUGCCUCAAGUAGGCACAAACGAAGAGCAGGGAAUGCCGCCGCGUUUAAGCCCGGACGGAGGCGAAGAUGAUAAGAGUACUUCUGUUAGGGAUGGUAUGGGAUCACUGAACCCCUCACAGCAGCAUGAAGAAAUUGGUAGACAAAGCGAUAACGAAACGGUAGCAGCAGAAGCCAUUGUUGCAAAUAGCAGGGAGGCAACAUACAUUUUAACACCUAAUAUUGAUGAAAAUACAAAUGAAACUGAGAAAAUAUGUUCAGCUGAGAUUUCACAGAUCAUUACUGGUAUUGAAAACCCAAUUGUGAAUGGCUUUCACAAUCGGAACCUAGCUGAAAAUAGCGACGACGAUGAGAUUGAAGCGUGGUCCGAUUGGGAGUCUGAUGAGCUACAAAAGCUAAAUCAGGCAGCUGCAGUUGAUAAGUCAUCUGCAAAAAUUGAUGAAUCAAAAGUGUUUUUGAUCACAAACACAAAUAAUCUAACUUCACAAAGCCCCUCUUUUACACUGCCUGAAUGUAGUACUGAAGUCAAUAACGUAUCAACAAAAACAAAACCAUCCGCUGAAACUUCGAAACUGCAAAUAGUAGAGACCACUAUCAAAGGGGAUCUUAAUAGUACCGCAGCAAGCACACAUCAGACGCGAGCUCUUAAAAUAAAUGAUGAUCUCAACGCCUUUGACAUUGUUGUCCAUAAGACGGCGACGCCACAAGUCGACGGAAUUAUUGACUUUGAUUUCUUUAAAGACAUGGAACCAAUUAUUGAACCGAGUACAAGCAAAUUAUCCUUAGCAGGGACUUUAGUGACAAAAAUGCCAUCAAAUACAAUGAAAUUGCCAAAUAAGGAUGACAAUGAUGAAAUAAUAAUCGAUAGUAGUCGAUUUGCCGCUGUGGCCAUUAAUGCAGACGACAAUACGGGAGGCGGAGAUGGCUGGGGCAUGGACGAUGAUGUUUCGGAGGCGUGGAGAGAAUAGUACGAUCAUGCUGCUGUUAUUCAACAACAGCAUUUAGUGCAAUCAACUUAGCGCCGGGACGUUGUCGGAAUGAGGAGCAAAGUUGCCCCUUGUUAAAAUUGUUCUUAUGUUAUUAUGCAUGUAUUUCAACAGAAUUUUGAUGCGCUUGUAAAAUAUGCAAUGAAUAUGUUGUUUACUUUCUAAAUUACCUUUUUUCAUUAUAGAAUUUAAUAUGUAUUAGUACUAUAAGGAUUUACUGGAAAAAUAGUUACGAAAAAAAGGAAAUCAAAGACUAGAGAUAACUUGACGCAUUAAGAAAAAAAUAAAAAGUUUUAAAUUGGUAUUUUAACCAAAAUCAAC